AUGGAGGACAACUACGGCAUGGCGGCGGAUCUCCGUCCAUACGUCGCCGUCCGGCCACUCUUCCCCGCCACCGCCGCGACCCAGCAGCCCGCGGCCCACCCGUACUACGUGCUCGACUUCUGCCCGGACGACUACUCCGCGCCGCCGCCAUACGCCGCCGUGGGGACCAUCGGAGCGGUGGGUUUCGUGGCGGAGGUCGACGGCGGCGGGCGGUGGCCGAGGCAGGAGACGCUGAGCCUGCUGGAGGUGCGGACGAGGCUGGACGCUAGGUUUAAGGAGGCCAAUCAAAAGGGUCCUCUGUGGGAUGAGCUCUCAAGGAUAAUGUAUGAUGAAUAUGGAUACCAAAGGACCGGGAAAAAAUGCCGGGAGAAAUUCGAAAACCUAUACAAAUACUACAAAAAGACGAAAGGCGGCAAGUCCGGCCGGCAAGACGGUAAACACUACCGGUUUUUCCGGCAGCUCGAAGCCCUCUACGGUGAUCAAGCGAGCAACAGCAACAACAACAACAACAAUCAUUCUUCGGCUUCGGUUUCACACCAAACCCAUUACGCGAAUUUCACGUACGAUUACUCGAAAACUGCGAACCCGUUCGCCAACAUUAGCAACAACAACAAUAAUCAAGAAUCAUUGGCGAGCCUCGUGAGCUUCUCGAACUCAUCCGAUUUCGACACGAUCGUCACUUCGGAGGACGAAAGUGCGGAGCUCGAUCUUCUUGAAAUCCAUGCCAAGAACCCUAGUAACAAGAAGAAAAUGUUUAAGGAGAAUAGUUUCAAGGCCGAGAUCAAGGACUCGAUAGACAUCCAAAUGAAGAAAAUAGUGGAGAAACAAGAGGCGUGGAUGGAGAAAAUGACGAGGAUAAUCGACAAAAACGAGAAAGAACGAAUUUCGAGGGAGGAACAAUGGAGGAAACAAGAUGCCGAGAGGGUCGAGAGGGAGCAAAGGAUGUGGGCCAACGAGAAAGCAUGGAUCUUGGCCCGGGACGCAGCUCUAAUCGAAGCUUAUGGGAAAUUGGCAGGAAAAGACUCGAGGGUCUCGCGCCAAGAGGAGGAACCAGUGGUCGAGAGUCAAAACGAGGGCCUAAAGGUCGACUGGAACGGACACGUGGCAUCGUGGGAUUGGUCAGGCGAUUGCUUUUCGAAGUGGGGUAAGAAAAGAAUGGGUCCAUACCAUGUUGGGCCGGUCGUUGAAGGACAAGGGUUCGAACGCGGUGUGAACUCGUCUCGUGAUGAAUUCUCGUACUUUAGUGGGAGUAAUGCGUACGGGAGAAACGCAUGA